UAGAGGUCGUACGAAACAAUUUUUGUUGUUGUCAUCUCGAUAAACAAGAAAUAGCAGAAGCAGCAACAACCAAACGAUGUAAAUACAGCGCGGGUUGGAUAUUCGCGACCUAAUGACAUUUGUGACGCUCGAACAAGUACAAGAGGAAUGCUGGACAUGUGCAGCGAACGAAAACGAAAGACUUUGGGAAAAAAUGAGUUGAUCUGCAUCAGCUGAUCUUAGGCAUAGCCAACACCAUUGAAGAGGACGGUUGAGGAGCUAUGUCUGGUGGAUUGCAGACAGCAUACCAGGCUCUGCCAUCGGACAACGGUGAUGCCGCGGAGACUCCGCAGGAGAGCAGUUUCCUCAUACACCUGGUACCUGACAGCGGUAAAACAAGAUGGAAUCAUGUAGAAGAUCUGGACACGUUUUUUACGAGGGUCUACCACUACCAUCAGAAACAUGGCUUUGCGUGCAUGAUGAUUGCAGAGAUCUUGGAGUUGGUACAGUUCCUGUUUGUCGUCCUGUUCACUACGUUCCUGGUCCAGUGUGUCGACUACCCUGUCCUUUUCAAAGACAAACCUCCUGCCUCUCACAACUCGACCAAAGUAACGCUGUCAGACGUUGUCAUUCCCAUUGGAGAAUGUGCGGCCAGCUUGAACCCACCGGUAGUCUUCUGCCUCGUGGUUGCAUUCCUGUUCUGGAUUCUGCGAGCAGUCAAAGUUCUCUUUCACCUGCUUCAGUUUGUUGAGAUUCGAGCAUUUUACAUCAAUGCUUUGAAAAUAUCUUCCAAUGAACUGGACAACAUGACCUGGCACCAGGUGCAGUGCCGUUUGCUGGAUGUACAGAAAGAGCAGCAGAUGUGCAUCCAUAAACUGGAACUCACGGAGCUCGAUAUUUACCAUCGCAUCCUACGCUACAAAAACUACAUGGUUGCCAUGGUGAAUAAAGACUUACUUCCUCUCAAGUUCCAAGUGCCUUUUUUGGGAGAAGUGGUUUUUCUAAGUCAAGGUCUCAAGUACAACCUGGAGCUGAUCUUGUUCUGGGGACCCUGGGCUCCAUUUGAAAAUAACUGGCAUCUCAAGGAAGACUACAAAAGGGUGACACGCAGAGAAGUACUAGCCAAAGAGCUCUCCAAGCACAUCUUGUGGGUUGGCCUAAUAAACCUGUUGCUUCUUCCUGUCAUCUUCUUGUGGCAGCUGCUCUAUUCUUUCUUCAGCUAUGCGGAGCUGGUCAAGCGCGAACCAGGAUUUCUCGGUUCCCGCAUGUGGUCGCUCUAUGGCAGACUCUACCUACGUCAUUUUAACGAACUCGACCACGAAUUAAAUGCCAGGUUGUGUCGUGGCUACCGGCCUGCGUUGCAGUACAUGAACAUCUUUACUUCUCAUCUGCUCACUGUUAUUGCCAGGAGCUUGACUUUCUUUGCGGGAUCUGUGCUUGCCGUACUACUGGGCUUGACAGUCUACGACGAAGACGUCAUCACCGUCGAAAGCGUCCUCACCAUCGUGACGGUGCUUGGAAUGGUGGUUGCUGUGGGUAGGAAUCUAAUUCCAGAUGAGCACCUUGUGUGGUGUCCAGAACGACUGAUGCAGAACAUCCUGGCUCACCUGCAUUACAUCCCUGACCACUGGAGUGGACAGGCGCAUACUUACCACGUGCGAGACCAGUUUGCACAUCUCUUUCAGUACAAGGCAGUUCACCUACUGGGAGAACUGAUGAGUCCGCUUGCAACACCACUGGUGCUGUGCCUUCACCUGCGGCACCGUGCCCUGGAAAUUGUGGACUUCCUGCGUAAUUUCACCGUCGAAGUUGUAGGAGUGGGCGAUGUUUGCUCCUUUGCGCAAAUGGAUGUUCGCAAGCAUGGCAAUCCACAGUGGCACAAUCCUGUAGCGCUAGACAGCGUGCAAAAUGUAGAAGAACAAGCGGAGCAUGGAAAGACUGAACUCUCCCUCAUGCAUUUCACCUUGACCAAUCCAAAGUGGGUGCCCCCGCAAGAAUCAACGGCGUUUUUGUCCAACCUCAGGGAGCAGGUUGAGCGCGAUGCAGCCAAGCCUGACCUGAUGGAGAAUCCAUUGUACUACUCCCUGCAUUCAUUGUCAUCCCUGGGUGCUGGGUACUCUGAAUUGGUCUCAAGCGUCCUGCACCCCACUGUCAGAGACAGCUGCGCAAGAAUGGUGAGCAGCGAUGGAAGCCGACCCUUGGGGGCCAACAUUCGUGGUGGAAUUUCUUUCACUGAAGGUCCCCAUCUCAGUAUGCAGCAUACUUCUCCUGGGCUUUUAACUAGCCUAGUCCAGAAUGAGGACGGUUCUGUGAUUCCGUCUGCUGUGGUGUCUCUAGAGCUGACAGCUGCCAACAUGAGCUUCAGCACACUCUAUAUGCAUGAGUUGCACCGACGGCAAUUGCGGAAGGCUCCACAGGGAUCCGCAGUGGCCAGCAGCGAUUCUACUGACUCAGCUCGCCUCCUGUGGCAACGGCCUACGGCUGAAUUGCCUGACAUACUCGAGUCUCCGCAGGAAGGGGACGACAAGAUGCCACUUGUUCCUGUUGAGCUCAAGCACUGACCCCUCAACUACUAUGGACUCUCCAGAUGGGUCUAAGUGCCAUUGUAGUGAUGGAAAAGGAGCUACAUGACUGUUCUAGAUGGCUUCCAGAAAUAUGUGUUGCGCUUCUUUUCUCCUUGUGGCAUUUCUUGGUACACGCUGCACUGUGCGAGUGCACACAUCAUCUUGAGCAUUCUACUGUGCUCCACAUCUGCAAAAUAAGUCCCAAAUGUUAAUUUAUGUGUGGAUGAGUGAAUGUCUCAUUUGCAUAUGCUCAAAGCUUGGAUAAGAUUUAUGACAAUGAAAUUUAAAUGAAUUUUGGAGUGUC